AUGCAGAAUGUAAGGGACUCAUAUGCAAAACCAAAAGGAUAUCAUACAACAAAUAUCGUAGCUUUGAACAAGCUCGCAAAUGUUAGUGCAGAAGGCUUCGAUUAG